AUUCUGACAGUCUCGUCGGACCUCAAGAGCGAGUUGUUUUACGUCGGCGGUGAGAGCUGUGAGUUGAUUGGAAAUGGUGGUUUGCAUCGCCCACAUCGCGUCUAAUCUUCGAUCAUCGUCGGAAGCAGCUCGUCGGCUAGUUUCCUCCAUUGACACCGGCCCAGGUGUGACUCUGAUACCAAAUUGGUGUAGCACCAAGCACAACCUGCAAGGAAACCGGCAGCCAAGGCAAACACAAGAGCAAUGGAACAGUAGAAAAUGACGUUGAUGGCUUUAACGGAAUAUCAACAUUUCUCUCUGAAGGGAAAAAUAAAUUGUCGAAAUCCUAACAUGAAGCUCCAUAACGGACAUCACGGGCUUAUUGAUUCUAUCUAUCUGAUUUAGAAUUCAUGGUUAUGACUCAAUUAUUAUUGUUUCUUGACUGAUGCAUGCACAAUGGCCGAGGUGCAUCAACAGAGUUUUAUCAAGAAGCUUCAUUUUAGCAUUUCAAAUGGCAUGCCUCACGCAGAACCAGUCUCUAGCUUCAAGGCAGAUGAAAAGGAACUGGUACAUGGCAUCUUACAGAUGCUGCAAGGUUUCUGCAGCAAUUUAUUUUCUUGGGAUACUGGUGGGCAAAUAUUUCUGGUGAAGAGUGGGAUUUUUUCUUGUCAUCUAUCCCAGACUAGUCUUCACAGCAUUUUAAACAAGUUUAUAUUCUGUGGAACAUGCUUAAAGAAGGUGGAACUCUUUGUUAAGAAUGUAAAAGCUUCUCGUCAAAGAGCUCCUACCCUUCAGGCUUUUGCUCAUUCCGUCCAUUCUUGGCUCAAGAGAUUGCGGGAUCUUGCUUUGAAAGAGGAAAUAAGGUCGACUUCUAUAGAUUGCCAAAUAACAGUUACACUCCUUCAGCUGACCAAUUCCUUAUCAAGUAUGUGCUCUGGGGCAGAGCAUCUUGCUCAAGUGGUGCAUGGAUCCAUACCGAGUGCUUAUGUGAAUUCUGAAAUUGUAAUCCCUGCUGAUAAGCUGGCAGUUAGUAUUCUGAAUUUUCUAUUCAAGAAAAUGAGUGAAGUCUAUCUUGUACAAGGUGGUGAGGAAGAAGCAUAUCAUAUGUUGUUUUCCAUCAUGGGAGAAACUUUGCUUCCAUAUCUCGAGGUGCUGGACUCAUGGUUGUAUGAGGGAUUACUUGAUGAUCCUUGUGAGGAGGUUUUCUUUUAUGCCAAUAAUGCAAUUACUGUUGAUCAGCCAUCAUAUUGGGAGACCAGUUAUCUUUUUCGGUUGUCCAGGCCUAUGAGCUCUAAAUCCAAUGAUACUCUGGUUGAUGGGGAUGCUGAUUCUACUAGGCUGCGAGUUAGGGGAGAAACAGGAGGUCAGGAAUCUGCUCCCUUGUUUAGUUCUGUGGGAGGGAGUGAUCAAAGCGAUAUUAACUGCCCUAUGUUCCUGAAAGAACUGGCAAGACCCAUUGUAUCUGCUGGGAAAUCUUUGCAGUUGGUUCAACAUGUUCGGGGCGACUACAUUUCUUUGCCCGAUAAGGGGCGUGGCAGAAUGCUCGACUUUCCAUUAUCAAAUGAGUCUGAUGGUCAGUUUAACUGGCAGAAGUUUCAGCAGGAGGCUUGGCCAAAUACUUUGAAAAUACAUGGAUUUGCAGAAAGUUGCAAUUAUGCUCGCCUAAUGGGAGUUUUGACCUUACCUGAAGUCUUCCUGUUAUCAUUGGCAGGCUUAAUAGGUGAUCGGGAUCACAUUUAUCAUAAACUAACAAUAUCCUUCCCUGAGAUAGCUGAGAUCAUUAACAAAGAGAAGAUACUGAAAGUAGUUACAGAAGAUGGACAAGCAUCAUUAAGCCUUGAGAAGAUAUGGAUCAAAUUCUUGGCUGAUGCAAUAAAAGAGAGAAGAGAGGUAGAAGGUGGAAAAGGUGAUUCUUGCGAUAGUGGAAUUACACAAGGUCAUGGUUCAAUGAAAGUGAAACCUAAAUAUAGUUCAGACCAUCAUAGCACCAAUUCGAAAGAUAGUGACAUUUUGGCAACUACCUUCAUCAGCUCUCUCCACCCUCAUAUGCCAAUCAUGACUGUAUCCAGACAGUUUAUUGAAAAGCACAAAGCCUCUUGGAGUAAUCUUAAUAUAUCUCAGUACAUUCGCCUUCCUCCUCUGAAUGAUGAAAGCUUGCGAAAGGCUAUUUAUGCUGAAAGGUUUAACAGCGCAGAGGCAAGUGGCGAUAUCCAAAGUGGAAGUUCUCUCCCAAGUUUUUCGGGAACUGACUACAGUUCUGGUUUUCAUCAUAAUGAAGUUAAACUGCUUCACGCAGAAGUUGAUAUUAGGAAUUUGGAAUAUUUGUAUUCCUUUCCAACUCUUCUUCCUUCUUUUCAGGAAAAUGUCCCAGUGUCAGAUCUUCUUCCUUUCCAGAAGAACAGCACAGUUUCCCAAAGAAUUCUUAGUUGGAUCCAAGAUGUAAAUUUGAAUGCCGCGCCCCAACCUGAUGUCAUCAUAAAGGAAUGUCUCGCUGUAUAUAUUAAAAAACAGAUCGAUCAAAUUGGUAGACAUAUACUUUUGAAGCUAAUGAAUGAUUGGAAAUUGAUGGAAGAACUUAAUAUAAUACGGUCAAUUUAUUUGCUUGGGUCAGGUGACCUGCUGCAGAGGUUCCUUACUGUAGUUUUUGACAAGAUAGAUAAGGGAGAAUCAUGGGACGAUGAUUUCGAGUUAAAUACUAUUCUGCAGGAAUCCAUCAGAAAUUCCGCUGAUAAUACCCUUCUGAGUGCCCCAGAUUCUUUCGUUGUAUCUAUUUCACAAUCUGAUGCUCGAGAAGAUGAGGAAAAUAAAACUAGCAAUAUUGCAACACCCCGUCGGGUUCGCGGUCAGUUUUUUGGUAUCGAUGCACUUGAUCUUUUAAAAUUCUCAUACAAGGUCUCUUGGCCUCUUGACCUGAUUAUUAAUUCAGAGACAUUGAAGAAAUAUAAUCAAGUCAUGGGAUUCCUUCUAAAGGUCAAACGUGCAAAACAUUUGCUCAAUAAAGCUCGAAGGUGGAUGUGGAAGGGGAGGACUGCAGUGCAGAAUCACAAACAUCACUUGUUAGUGGAACAAAAACUCCUCCAUUUUGUUGAUGCAUUUCAUCAAUAUGUCAUGGAUAGAGUAUUUCACAGUGCUUGGAUUGAACUCUGCACUGCCAUGUCAUCUGCAGGCUCUCUUGAUGAAGUCAUAGAAGUUCAUGAGGCCUACCUUUCGUCGAUCCAACGACAGUGUUUCGUCGGCCCAGAUAAGCUAUGGGCUCUGAUUGCAAGUAGAGUCAAGAGCAUUCUUGGAUUAGCUCUAGAUUUUCACUCCAUACAGCAGAGCCUGCACAGUGUGGGAGCAGCUCCAGCUAUCAGGGCAAGAUGCGAAAUGGAGGUGGAUCGAAUCGAGAAGCAGUUCGACGAUUGCAUCGCCUUUCUUCUUCGAAUCUUAUCUUUUAAGCUCAAUGUAGGACACUUUCCACACCUGGCUGAUUUGGUUACUAGAAUAAACUACAACUACUUCUACAUGUCUGAUAGUGGAAACUUGCUGACUGUUCCUAGCUUUGAAGGUGCCAAACUUGGGAGGAAUUUGCCCUCUUGAGCUGAAUGAUCAAGGCAUAUGGGCAUUUGCCUUCUCUUUACUUGCUAUUUUAUUUUUCAGACUUUUGUACCAUGAAAAAACUUAGAUUUUGGUGGUGAUUGUCCCUUUUUAUAAAAAUUUGGUUGACGCAGCCCAACUCA